AUGGGCUUUCGCCACGCAGCUGUCCUAGGACCUGUAUCAUUCUUCCUAGGAAUUCUGUCUAUUUGCUUUACGCUGGACCAUGCGCUUCUCUGGCGGCCUCUCACGGCAGAAAUUAUCUCGGACGGGUUUCAAUUCUACACGACUUUCUUCAAUGCGCCUACAGCGAUUAAAGCGUUGCUACAUGCCAUGAUGGGAAUUGGACUGGUCGGGCUUGUGAGCAAGUUGCACAAGUGGGACGACAGUGCGAUGUUUUUUGAUGGGUCGUCACUGGGUGCCUACGUGUUUGCGAUCGCUGUAUAUUUGACUGUGAUCAUCCCUACGCUGCGUACGAUAGCGACACCGCUGGAAGACGAGACUAGGGAGGACCGUAUUGAGGCCAUGCGGGUGCUGAGUGCUGCGAAUGUGAUCAUUGUGGUGUGCCUUGGUGGGAUCCUGGCGCUGCAGGCUGGGCAAGAGUGGGAACGGCGUGGAAGAGAUUUGAAGGAGAAGAAAGAGAAAGCGGGGAAGAAAGAGUAGAGUGGAGUGGAGUGGAGUGGAGUGGAGAGAGGCUAGAACGGAGAGGGUGGGUGUUAUUGUGGUGUGUUUGUUUCUGGUGGUAAUUGGGCCGUCCAUGGACCGCAUCAGUGCAUCAGUGCGAGUUUCUCACAAGCGUGGGAAGGGGUGAGAUUGUAGAUCUGUGAUGCUAAAUGGGGAUAUGGAUUAAC